AUGGCUAAAUUUCCCGUCGCCUUUGGCAAGCGGAAGUCAGCCGCAAACAAGGAACAUGUGGACGGUCAGGUUUCCUCGUUCCGCGUCCUGGAACGGACAGAAGUAGGAGAGGUGAAACCUUUCGAUAGUGGUUCUGGGUUAGGGCGACCAAUCACUACAACCACCGUACGACCUUACUCGCAAGUCGACAUGUUGGCCGAGGAAGACAACAUGUUUACCAGCUUGAAGAUAAACAGUGCAGUCUCAACCGCGCCGUCCUCCGCUACUCCGUCCGCGGACGUUAGCCACCCUCAGGCCGCGGAUGACGCUAGGAUAGCUAGAAAGCCCUUAUCGUCUGAUGCCAACCUCCCUCCGGUCCCCAAACCUCCUAGCUCCGGCUUCCUAAACCGUGCCGGACGUACUUUCUCCUUUGGCUCAAAGAAAAGCCAGCUUCCUCCGGUCAAAGACACACCACCCCCCGUCCCUGUCCAUUCUACCUUAUCUCGUCCUCGAGGUAUGACCACCACCUCUAUAGCUACAACCACCACAACGAGCACUGCAACACCGCCAAAGCUCGACGAUGAGGAGUUCAAUUUAGAUCUUGGUGGCGAUUUUGGCACAAUGUUCAAUGGCCUCGACAAACGUGCGAGCAUGGCAACGGUUCGAGACGCAAACUCGCAUGCCUUGCAGCCUCGGUCUCUCACAGACAACCGCAUCCCGCAAUCGGCGCAGGGCAACUCCCCGCGCCCUCCCCACUCCCCACAUUCGAUCAAUAGCGAUAAUUCCAACGAUGGUCUCCUCAAAUCCUCAGCCACCGACCCUCUCCCUUCCCUACCAAGGCAGGCCCCCCCUUCCGUCCAACGAUCCAAUCGGCCAUCCGACAUUAUCGAAGAUGAAGAUGCGAACUUGCUAAGGGAGUCUAUCGCUGCGAGCAAGUUCCUCACGACCCCCAGCGCUAGGGGAGGGCAGUCGAGCCGCCCCCGACGAGAUGAUGACACUUUUGUGGCGGGCUCGUCAUGGAAAACCGAGAAGAGUGGAAAUGACGAGAGCCUAUUCGAUAACAGCUUUCUUCAUGCAACUAGGGUAGCACACCGAUACGUAUCGCGGCCACCAAGCCCUCCUCGAAAUCGGGUGAUGACACCGGCGCAGUUCGAAAAGUACAAGCAGGAGAAGGAACGCAUCUCGGGGCAGAGGGGCGAUGAAGUGGGUGAGGUCAAGGAUGACGAGGAUGACGAGGAGAACUACGAAGACGACGACGAUGAGGUGGAGAAAUCGAAGCAGGCCGCCAAACAGCGAAGGAAGCAGGAAGCCCACAUGGCAGUGUAUCGCCAACAAAUGAUGAAGGUUACCGGGGAAUCAGCCAAUACUGCUCCGAAGCCUUCAUUGGCAACGUCCACACCCACGCCAGUUCCAGCCACAGUGUCCGACGGAUCAGACGAAGAUGAGGAAAUCCCUCUCGCAAUCCUCGCCGCCCAUGGCUUCCCGAAUAAGAACCGACCCCCUACGCGCCUCAGCACAGUGGCUUCGAACCCGAAUCUCCGCGCCUCCAUGAUAGCUAGCCAGCAGCCAUCCAGGCUCUCUGUAGCUGUGGGUGAGAAUGGCCCCUCGGCUGCUGGUUCCCGGGUAUCCCAGCUCCCCGCAUUUGCUAGGAAUCUCCCCCAGGACCCUUUCGUUGGUGCCGGCCUCGUCAGGAACUCCGCGAGGGAAUCCAUUGCGAUGGGCGGAGGCGCCCCGGCACCCACCCCGUCAACCUCGUUGCCGCCUGGUGGUUUGGUCGGGGUCAUCGCGAGCGAGGAAAGAUCGCGGGCCAUGCGGCGGGGUAGUCCCAACAUUGACGGUAAAUUGAUAAGCAAUGUGAAUGGGACCCCGGGCCUUAGUUUUGACCCCAUUGCGGGAAUUCCGCCACAGAUGAUGUACGGCAUGGGCAGCUCGCCCUCAAUGCCUCAUCUAACGCCGAUGGGAUAUUCUCAGCCAAUGCCACAAAUGAUGCUGACGCCAGGAGACCAAGCUCAAAUCCAGAUGACCCAGCAGAUGCAGCAGUUUAUGCAGAUGCAGAUGCAAUUCAUGCAGAUGAUGGCAACACAGCAAGGCGGUGCUGGACCCCGUCCGAACUCCUUUGUUGUGCCACCCGGAUCGGGUGAGAUGUCCUCACGACAUUCUUUUGUCGGAGGUGAUCUUGGAAUGGAGCCUCCGAGAUUGGACAACCGCAUGAGAACUAUGAGCAUGGUCCAACCCAGUUCUGCGUCAUGGAUCCAGCCGAUGGGUGGAUACGCUCCCUCCAUCCGUGUCCAAGGGGAUGGGUAUGCCCCUUCCAUUGCGCCCUCCGAGCGGAGCAAUAUUGGACUACCCGGUCGCUACCGCCCUGUAUCUCAAGCACCGCCGCCGCCUCACGAGGCAAUGCGUCGAGUUUCUACGAUGUCAGGGGCGCUUAGUUCCUGGGACGAGCCGCGGAACUCAGCCCCCGCUCCGGCACCGCCGCCGAAGAGCGGGAACAACUCGGAUGACGAUGACGAGGAGGGGUGGGUCGCGAUGAAGGCGAAGAGGGAGAAGAAGCGAUCUCUGUGGAAGUCGAAGAAGGGGCUAGGUGGCGGGCUCUCUGCCUUUAUAUCAUGA